AUGAUACGCGUCACCCCUGAAGGCAAUAUCAUAUGGGCGAAUGGCCAAUACUAUAAGAUCACAGGCCAUCCAGCCGACGAUCAAUACUCACGACCCUUUAUCGAGGUUGUCCAUCCUGAAGUUAGGGCGCCUGCCGAACGAUUCUGGAUGAAACUGAUCGAGGAGCAUAAGCCUUCAGACAGUGAAUUCCGACUGACUCGAAAGUGGAAACCACCGACUGCUGCAGGAAACUCUAAUCCUGAAGAUGAACCAUGCUGGCGGCCUGCGUCACGGAUGUCAUUGAGAUCAAAUGGACCCAAAGGGGUGCACAGCAAACUUGCUGCCGAAGAAACCAAGGCCCGCAAGCUGCAGGAAGCCUUCAUCGAUCUCGUUUCGCAUGAGAUGAGGAAUCCUCUGUCAGCGAUAAUUCAGCUCGCUGACGACAUUACCGGCUCUUUGGAACACUGGCUAGCGGCCGACCGCACGAUCGAGCGCGCUGCUCGUCUGAUGCAUGAGAACGUUGAAAGCGGGGGCAGGACAAUCCUACUUUGUGCUGCCCCAUCAGAAACGAAUCAUCGACGACGUAUUGACACUGUCCAAGCUUGA